AUAUUCUUACCUUUUCUAUAUUUUUCCCAAUCAAUUAUAAACACACUCUCAUUUCACCCCACACCAAAAAAAAAAACACUAGAAGCUUCCACAGCAAGCAUCAAUGGCGCGCAGCAUCAAUCUCCUCGUCUUCCUCUCCAUCUUCACCAUAUGCAAAUCAGAUGAACCAGAUUGCGUGUACUCGGUGUACGUCAGAACCGGAUCGAUCAUCAAAGGCGGCACCGAUUCGGUCAUCGCCUUAACUCUGUACGACGCGGACGGGUUCGGGAUCCGGAUCCGCGAUCUGGAGGCGUGGGGCGGGCUCAUGGGCGCCGGAUACAACUACUUCGAGAGAGGAAACCUCGACAUCUUCAGCGGCAGGGGCCCGUGCCUGACCGGGCCGGUCUGCGCCAUGAACCUCACCUCCGACGGGUCCGGGUCGGGUCACGGGUGGUACGUCAACUACGUCGAGGUCAGCACCACCGGAGUCCACCAAGCCUGCGCGCAGGAGAAGUUCACUGUGGAGCAGUGGCUUGCCACCGAUACGUCGCCGUAUCAGCUCUCUGCGAUUAGGAAUUACUGCUCCGAGUCCUAUGGGAAGAGGCGCGCGAUCGGCGGCGGCCGCGAUUUGAGGCUUGUGGCGGUGAUGUGAUGUGAUGUAAUUUGAGAGAUGCGGGGGUUCAUGUUCGGGUCGGAUUUCUCGGCCCGGGAUUUGCGGGUUUUUUUAAAAAAUGGAUUGCAUCCGAAUUUGUGUGUGGAUUUUAAUUUUUGUUGGAGGGAAUAAAUAAAUGCGGCGAAGGACAGGAAUGACCUUCUUGUGUGGAAAGGGAUUAAUUUGUUGUUUGAGUGACGUGAUUUGGCGAGGGGUAAAGUGGUCCGUUCAUCAAAGUUUUUACAAUGAUUUUUGUUUGAGCACCA